GAAUACAUAUCGCAUGAUUGAGCAAGAUGAUUUUGAUAUUAACACAAGUUUGCAUACAAUAGUUCGAGGUGAGGAUGAGGCAGCCAUGGUUGAAUCAGUGGGACUUGCUCUGGUAAAGUUACCAGAUGUGCUGAACCGUUUGAAGCCAGACCUCAUGAUUGUUCAUGGAGACAGGUUUGAUGCAUUGGCAGUCGCCACCUCAGCUGCGUUGAUGAAUAUUCGGAUUCUGCACAUGGAAGGAGGUGAGGUCAGUGGUACCAUCGAUGACUCAAUCAGACAUGCCAUCACCAAAUUGGCCCAUUAUCAUGUGUGUUGCACUCGGAGUGCUGAGCAGCACCUGAUAGCCAUGUGUGAAGAUCACAAUCGAAUACUGUUGUCUGGCUGCCCAUCUUAUGACAAAUUGCUCACUGCAGGAUCCAAGGAUUACAUGAGCAUUUUGCAGACGUGGCUAAGCAAAGAUGUGAAACCUCGUGAGUACAUCGUGGCUUUACAGCAUCCUGUUACCACCAACAUUAAACAUUCCGUUAAAAUGUUUGAGCUUACACUUGAUGCUCUAAUAACAUUCAACAAACGCACGUUGAUUCUGUUUCCAAACAUUGAUGCAGGAAGUAAAGAAAUGGUACGAGUGAUGAGGAAGAAGGGGAUUGAACAGAAUCCAAAUUUCCGGGCAGUGAAACACAUCCCCUUUGAACAGUUUAUACAGAUGGUUGCACAUGCUGGCUUGAUGAUCGGGAACAGUAGUUGUGGGGUGCGGGAAGCAGGCGCAUUUGGGACACCUGUCAUCAACUUGGGAACACGCCAAACCGGAAGAGAGACAGGUGAAAACGUUCUCCAUGUGCGGAAUGCUGACAGUCAGAAUAAAAUAUUGCACGCUCUGCAACUCCAAUUUGGGAAACUGUACCCAUGCUCUAAGAUCUAUGGUGAUGGGAAUGCAGUGCCACGGAUAUUGAAGUUCCUGAAGUCAAUAGACAUGAAUGAGCCUUUGCAGAAGAAGUUUUGUUUCCCACCAGUGAAGGAGUGCAUUUCGCAGGAUAUUGACCAUAUCCUGGAAACACAAAGUGCUCUUGCUGUAGAUUUGGGAGGAACCAAUCUGCGGGUUGCCAUUGUCAGCAUGAAGGGUGAAAUCAUAAAGAAAUAUGUUCGAGCCAAUCCCAAAACAUAUGAUGAAAGAAUUGAGUUGAUUCUGAAGCUGUGUGUAGAGGCUGUCACCGAAUCAGUGAAGCUUAACUGCAGAAUCCUUGGAGUUGGUAUUUCCACAGGUGGCCGUGUCAACCACAAGGAAGGAAUUGUGCUUCAUUCUACCAAACUGAUUCAGGAAUGGGUAUCAGUGGACCUCCGGACCCCAGUGUCAGACACCCUACGGCUGCCUGUUUGGGUAGACAAUGAUGGCAAUUGUGCUGCUCUGGCAGAAAGGAAAUUUGGUCUAGGAAAAGGAGUGGAAAAUUUUGUAACUGUGAUCACUGGCACAGGAAUUGGAGGGGGAAUCAUCCACAAUAAUGAGCUGAUUCAUGGCAGUAUGUUCUGUGCCGCUGAGUUUGGUCACAUCAUGGUAUCGAUGGAUGGGCCUGAAUGCAUGUGUGGGAGUAGGGGCUGCAUAGAAGCAUAUGCUUCCGGAAUAGCACUACAAAGAGAGGCAAAGAGAUUACAUGAUGAAGAUUUGCUCCUAGUGGAAGGAAUGUCUCUCAAAAAUGAAGAGACAGUGAGUGCAAUUCAUCUCAUUCAAGCUGCAGAACGAGGGAGUACUGAGGCACGGAAAGUGCUCCAAACAGCUGGCUGUGCUCUUGGUGUCGGUAUUACAAACAUUCUGCAUACACUGAACCCAUCUCUUGUUAUCCUCUCUGGAGUUCUGGCUGCUCACAAUGAGAGUAUCGUGAAGGAGGUGAUCACCCAACGAGCCCUACCAUCCACACAAACCGUUGAAAUAGCUGUCUCCAAUCUUUCUGAUCCUGCUCUCCUCGGAGCAGCCAGUAUGGUUUUAGAUUAUGCAACACGCAGAACCUAUUAGACCAAUGGGAGUCUGAACCCUGAACUGACCAUGUUUCCAUUUAGAAAUUAAUUUAAGCUUUAUUCUCAACCUUUCUUCUUUAUUUGUUGAGUCUUCCAUGUGGAUUUAGUACCUCCCUGAAACCAGCUUAAUUCAAGAUUGAGUGGACUGUCUUUGAGAUUGUGUUAGUUUAUAAUUUGUGUUCUGUUAGCAACACUAUUUUCAAAUCACACUCUCCUGCAGCCUAACAUUUGUGCAAUUCAGAGAGAGAUGAUAUUCCUGUGAAAUUCCAAAAUGAUGUCUAAACUACCUUUGGCUUAAGCCAGAGCUGCUAAAAUGGAGUCAGGACCACAAUGGUGUUGUGGGCAAAAAUUCUUGAGAGAUCUGAGGUCGUAACGGCUGCCAGACCAAGUGACAAUAGUUGUCCUUUCACUCAAACAGGCUGCGCUCUCACUGAGGGGUCUUGACUUUCAGGUUUCAAAAUGGGGCUACAGUGGGAAAUAAUUUGAAAGUGCUGGCCUUCCAGUGAAAAUUUUGAGCUUGUGUCUGAGGUAUUUUGAUCAACAAAACUGUUAGUUCAGAGGGCUCAUAGAAAUUAAAAUCAGACCGCUGCUGUGUCUUGUUACAUGUUAUGUUGCAGAACUUGUUCAUUAUCCUUUUGCCAUUUAAGACUAAGCAAUCCUGGAGCUACAGCUUUGAUCUUGAUUUUAAAUUAUCUUCCAGAAAUCAUUUUGGAACAAGCAGACAUUUAAAUCCUUCAAAAUUAAAUCAAAUGUUUAGUCUCAAGUGUGCUGUCCAUGUAUGCCGCUUCCAAUUAGGUUACGCAUUUAGAUUUUCACUGUGUAACCUUGUCAAAAUAGCAGCUAUUCAUAAACCUACCGUUGAACAUGAGGGCGGUGAAAUUGUGUUUUUGCAUCAUGUUGAAAAUGGCUCCAAUUUUUACUCAUGCCCCGAUUAGAAACUCUCAUCCUUUCCAUCCUUGGCCUGUCAGCUUUAAUACACUCCCAGUCCCAGGAUCUUGGACAUUUUCACUCCUAACGGAGGAAAAUAUGGCAAACUUAUUAGAGACAGAUUUGACAGGUGACUUGUUACAGGUAAAGCUUCUUCCACAUUUAAUAAAAAUUCUGAUUGGAUUUAAAUACAAGAAAUCUCGAAGAAUAUGGUAUUUUAGAGUAUGUGUAUCAGGUCAGUUGAAGAGAAAGGGGGUGGUAGGGAGACUCAUGUGAAGCAUAAACACCGACAUAAACCAUUUGGGUUGAAUGAUCUGUUGCUGAGCUGUACGGAAGGAUUGUGAAAAUCCUGGGAAGGGGAAAUCAAAUAAAUAGAGGCAUUUCAUUGUACAGGGCAGACAGAUAAAAGUCAGCUUUCCAAAAGCGGCACGGUGGCACAGUGGUUAGCACUGCUGCCUCACAGCGCCAGAGACCCGGGUUCAAUUCCCGUCUCAGGCGACUGACUGUGUGGAGUUUGC